CACCAAACUUUGCAUCUUCUCCCUUCUUCAGCAACAAAACACAGCACAGCAGCCAUGGACCAACCCAAACCCCCGGUGGGACGGUUUUUGGUUGCGUUGGGGAGACAUGCGUAUCGGCGAAGUCAUGUGCGAUUUAUGUUUGAAAAGGAGCGUUUGAUGGCCUUGUUACGGCGGUGUAUCUGCGGGGAGAUGGAUGCGUAUGAGAGCAGUGAUGCGGUAUUUGGGGUCAAGGAUGCGUUGGGUGUGGAUUUGGGGACGGUAGGGGUUGAGGAGAAGGAGGCGUAUGGGGUUGAGGAGGGGACUAGGAUGAUUCGGUAUGAGUUCGUGCUGGUGAGUGAGAGUGAGGCGAGGGAGUUGAGGGAGAUGAAGGCUAUGGAGGCCGUGGAGGCACAAGGGAGGAGGAUGAAGAUGUGGAACGAUUUGCAUGUGCCGGUUGUAGCUUGAUGCGCAACAUAUGAAGCAGACUUAUGUGAAGCAAAUCAUAGUAUUCUUAUACAAGUUACAAGAACUUUUGUUGCUAUGCAAUGCUGCGAGUUUGCCCGAGCAAAAUCGCUCUAUAUCGAUCUAAUUUCGACGACUACCGCU